ACCGAGGCUUUGCGGCCGACCCGCCUUCCGUCUCCCUCCCCUUCUCGACCGGAGAACUUCCCGCCGGGAGUUGCAGCGGCUGAAGCCGCCCUCCAGCGAAGAACCCGCGGCUGCCGAGCGCUCCCGCCGGCGCUUAGGAGAACCGGAGCAAAACUUUGCAGCGGCCCUGCGGCGAAUUCCCGCCAAAAAAACAGGAACGGAGGAGGAGGAGGAGAAGGCGAAGUCUGGUUCUGCGGCUCCCUGGGAGUCGGCGGCGAGGCGGCGGACUCCUGCCCGGCCCUCGGGGCCGCCUUCCCCGCUCCCGCUCGGCCUCGCCCGCCCCUUGAUGCCCGCCAAUGUUAGCCGUGGGGCAGAUGGAGGCUAACCGCCCGCCGGGCGCCUUCGUGCUGAGCAGCGCCCCGCUGGCGGCGCUGCACAACAUGGCCGAGAUGAAGACGUCGCUCUUCCCCUACGCCCUGCAGAGCCCGGCCGGCUUCAAGGCGCCCUCGCUGGGCGGACUCAACGCGCAGAUCCCGCUGGGGACCCCGCACGGCAUCAGCGACAUCCUGGGCAGGCCCGUGGCCGCCGCCGCCAGCAGCCUCCUCACGGGCCUGCCUCGCCUCAACGGGCUGGCCGGGGCCGCCGCGGCCGGGAUGUACUUCAACCCGGCGGCCGUGUCCCGCUACCCGAAGCCCCUGGCCGAGCUGCCCGGCAGGCCGCCCAUCUUCUGGCCCGGAGUCAUGCAGGGGGCGCCCUGGAGGGACCCCCGGCUCGCCUGUCCCGGUAAGAAGGCGGGGGCUGGGCGGCAGGAGGGGGGAGGGGAGGAUCUCUGCCAAAAAAGGAGAUUCUUUUAAAAAUUCCCCAGUCCUCAAAAUUAGAGGUGCCAGUGCCCGUCCCAUCAAGCCCUGCGCUCAUUAGGAGAGGCCGGGUGGAACAGCACUCUGCACAUGCUCGGAGGCGCCUCUUUUCUCUCUAGCUUCGCAAGUUGCACGGCCGGGCUCUGGGUGCAGGCAACAGGUGCUAGGGCUCAUUCCCAGGAAACAAGGCGAGCAAAUAGGUCCAGAUGGAUUGGUUUGGUGAGCCCUAAGCGGAUGGGCAGGGCGAGGUGUGCUGGUGGUGGUGGGGUUUCCUUCUUUUCUGUCCGAGCGGCUCCAGGGCUCGGGUCCCAGAUAAAGAGGCAGUGUGUUUCGCUUAGGGAGAGGGGGUGGCCCUUUGGAAGAGAGUGAGCCAGCGCGGUGAUCUGCAACCUCAAAAAAGGACGCUUCCAGUUGGCUGGUGUUUUGAUGUCUGGAAAUGAAAGCGGCAAGGAUCGGUUUCCUGAAGGCCAGCUGAAAGUAGCCAGGUCGCCUCCGGGAAACUGAUGGAGCAGCUCGAGGGUCUUGCGCAGCCCCGAUCGCAGCCUCCACAACGAGCCGCUGGUUUUUGUUUUGUUUUAAACUCCCCCCCCCCCCGACGUUGCAUCUCCUGCAGGCUAGCUGGUGGCAAAGUUUUCCUGCUGGGCCCGAGCUCUGCGGCUGCUCUCGGGAAAGGGCGGGUUGGAUUUGCGACGGCAUUUCAGGUUGCUGGUCCGCAUGAGAUCCGCCGAGGAAGUUUCUGCCCGGCGCGCACAAAAGGCUUUGGGGUCCAGGAGUUGUUGUUUUUUCCUCGGCGCUUGACGGGGCUCUUUCUCUCCCUCCGCUCCCUCGUCCCUCUCUCCAGCCCAGGCUGGGAUGGUUUUGGACAAGGACGGCAAGAAGAAACACUCGCGGCCGACUUUCUCAGGGCAGCAAAUCUUCGCUUUGGAGAAAACCUUCGAGCAAACCAAGUACUUGGCAGGACCCGAGAGAGCCCGCCUCGCCUACUCGCUGGGAAUGACGGAAAGUCAAGUCAAGGUAAGGAGCCCUCUUUUGCCGGUCGCCUCGACGGUCAGCAGCAUCUCGGGCGCCCUAGGCUCCGUUUGCAAAAAAACAACAACAUAUUUGCGGUGCGGUGCAAUGUUAAGCAUGUCUGCUCAGAAGUGUGACCCUUUUCCCUUGGCACUUUUACUCCCAGGCAAGCAGGAAUGUGAAUAUACAGUCCUGUACUGUAUUCAACUCUUCCCCCUCAGAAUAAAUCCCUCAGAACUCAGAGUGGGUAGGCUUACUUCUGAGUAGACACUUAUAAGGUUGCACUGGGAAGAGUGCUCGCACCGAAGGGGAGCUGGUUUCAGAGGGACUAGCAGUCCCAGUCUGCGGCAAGUUUACUUAGAAGUAAAUUCCUCCCAGUUCAGUGGGGCUUCACUCCCCAGCAAAGUGGCUGUGCCUCUAUGCGCCUUCUCUUGGAGGUAAAUGAAUGAGUUCAGAAUAUGUGGGGUUAAGAACUGAAGUGCUAAGAAACAGCCCAAGUGCUAAGAAACAGCCCGUGGGUAUUAGCCUUGUCCAGCCCGCUAAAGCUUGUUUCAUUUUUUCUAACCGCAAGAUGUCACACACCUUUGCUGUUUACUGUAUCUGAUAGACUUAGUGUCUUCCCUCUACCAAAAUAAAAAUCUUAAUAAUUCUAAUUAUUUUUAAAAGUCGUAAUUAAGAUAAGCCCAAAGACACUGAAUUUAAACCUUGUGGCUCCUCAGUCCUAAGCGGGCUCGCUUACAAAUAAACUGGCAUCAGCCGAUCUGCGUCCUCUUUAAGGAAUCUUCUGGAGUUAUUCCGAAGGUCAGAGAGAUGAGCAAGCUGAUCCCAAAUAUGGCAGGAAACACCACUAUUCAAUCCGUUUCCUUCCUAGAAAGAAUGUAUAAGGUUGCACCGAAAAUUAAUUUAUUAAGGUUGUGGACGGAUUAUAAAAUGUGUUUGCUAGGGAUUGGGGGGGGUAUUUUCUGCCGUCUUGUUGUCCCCCCCCUUUAAAAAGGCAAUACACUUUAAAAGCAUAAAUUGUUUUUAAUGUAGAGUUGAAACAAUAUUUGUAGCCAAGGCAUUUCUUGCUCUUUAACACACACACACCGCCACUUUCCUCAUCAUUAGUUGAAAUAUGAUUCCAUCAUAAUAGAGUCUGACUUUUGAAUGAGAAACAGUGAACUCAGCCUGGCUUACUUCUGAGUAGACACAUGUAGGACUGCACUGCAAAAUUGUUUAACAUGGGGUGGAUCAUUCUUUGGUCAAUGGAGGGGGAGGCUUACAAACUCAUGAUCUUAUAAGUUUAUGGAAAAUGUGGGAUUUUAAAAAAAGAUUAUCAGCAGAUAGUUUUCUGAUUUUAUCGCAAGGAAUUCUGCAUUUGGAUUGAGAGGCAAUUUCAGUUUUUAAAAGUGCAUUGCAUUCAGUGGAUCUUACUCUUUUAGGAUUGCCAUCUUAGUUCCCAUCAUGGCUUUCAAUGGGGUCCCAGUGUCUUAUUUGAGCGGUUCAUUUGUCAGCACUCAGUUUCCCAUGAAAUAACAUCCUCAGAUGCUGGUUUUCCUACUGUUCUUGAAGGCCAGUAAUAAAACCUCAAUAUAACCAGACAAAUGUCUCCUGUCAAGACCCCCAGUGCUUUUAUGAGGCCAAAAAAUUGGCUUUCUAUACCAUAUUUCUGUACAGUUGAAGCUGGAACAUGAUGCACGUUUACUCCUCAGUGGGUUUUGCAGGAUUUGAUCUACUUUCCCACAAGUAAUAUUUCCCCCACUUUUUCAUGCAAAAGGGGCUAGAUUUAAAUGCCACUCAGAAAUUUCUGGAUUCAGGAGAGAGUCGUACCUUCCUUGUUAAGGCUUAAUUAGGCUUACAUGAAAGUAAGCCUUUUGGGGGUUUGGUGUCAUUUACAUCCCAGUAUGUACGAAGGGAAUGAAAUCAGCUGCCCUAACAGCACAAUCCACUGUACUAAGCAAUAAGUCCCAUUGAGUUCAGGGGGGUUUGCUUUUAGAUAAGCAGGGAGGAGGCAGCUAUCAAAAGGACAUUGAGCAUUACCGGUAACUUAGCUCAGAGCAUGACUUAAAGAGAACCAGCUUGAAAGCCACCUGCCGCUGAAGUUGAGGUCUGGGAUGAGAAAUACAGGGGUGUGAAUUAGGACUGGGGAUGCUUUUGGGGCAGGGAUCCAAUAGGAUGCAAAGUGAUGGGAUAGCAUAAGAUGCGGAUGAGGACAGGAUUCCGGAGAUCUGUGUCUUUGGGAAUGGUUAGCUACCAAGGUGGCUAGUGUGUGUACGUGUGCCCUAGUUUGCAGAUGUGGAUCGUGAGCUCAGUGCGGGGCGUUGAGCUGCAUGCAGAUAAAGAAUAUAGGAUGGGUAUAGAUGCCUGCGUGUGCCUUCCUUUGGCCAAGCCAGAACAGAGUCAAACGAAAUUGCCUACAUUCAGCCAAUAAUUAUUUACAGGAUUUUUUACCCUCUAUUCCACCAAAAAAACAAGCAAACCCCCAACCCAAAUCAAUACUAAGUGGAUUGCAAGCCAUAGGCUAUCGAAAAGGCCGUGAUGGAAAAGGAAAAUAAGACUGAGUGGGAGUAGGGGAGUAGAGUUCCAAAGUUUGUACAGUUCUUUCUGGCAGGGAGAAAGGAAACACCGCUCCCUGCAGCUGCCACUCUUCUGACCGACAGAUGGGGCCACCAUGCUCUUCCCUUCCCCAAUGCAAGUGGGUUGGGAUUCUAAGAUUUUAGUACUGAACGGGACAUCUGGGUGGUCAAGGAGUUGCCCUCCAGGUUCCCUGGAAGUAAGCACUUAAUGGGGCAACAUCCCUGUGAAAAGUCAUCUGGGAGUGACGGGGUUUACUUCCAAGUAGACGUGGUUUGGCUUCCUUAGCAAGUACUUCGUUAGUAAUUCAUCCCUGUUCCAAUGUGUUUACUCUCACAACAUGUUUGGUUCAUUUUGUUCAGGAAGCCCAGAAUACAUUCUAAAUAAGAAGGUGAUGAGAUGGUAGGCUUUGCAGAAUUUCAUCCCAAGCACAUGAAGGUGGAAGGAAGCUCCAUUUCAAUGAAAAAAUCUUGUGUACACUCACAUUAUUUUGACAAGUAGUUUACAUGAAACGUUAGGGCUUCCUUUUUGUAAAGUUCUGCUGAUGAGCAACUGAUUUAUAGCCAAGGAAUGAUUUCCCCAGUAACCCUUCCUGCUUUGCCCAACCAUGAUUAUUUAGAAAUCUCACUGACUUCAACAGUUAUUAUUAGUAUUAUUAUUACAUUUAUAUCUCAAUUUUCCUCCCAACAAGCUUGAGGUGGCCUAUACGUUCCCCCUAUUUUAUCCUCAAAAUGACCCUGUGAGGUAGAUGAGGAUGAGAGAGUGUGACUGGUCAAGUAGGGGAUCUGAAUCUUGGCCUCCCAGAUUCCAUAAGAUCGUAGCGUUAUUGUUCCCCCCCCCCACCUGAAAUCGCAACUUUCUUCUGCCACCCUGACCUACUCACAGCUAAGGAGGUUUCAGGUUAAAGUGGGGUUUGUAACUGUGACUGUAUAAACACAAAGGAUUCACUCUGUUCCAUGUGUAAGCCAAGGGCAGUUACUCUUUGAGCAUCAGCAUGGCCCAAGUGGGGACCAGGGCCUGUGCAUUCUGAAGAUUUAUUUGAUGGCGUUUAUAUUCCACCUUUUUCUCUAAGGAGUCCCCCCGCUUCUCCCCCUCUUCAUUCAAUCCCCACAACAGUCCUGCAAGGCAGUGACUGGCCCAAGCUCGCCCAGUGAAUUUAAUGUCUGGUGGGGAUUUUGAACCCUGGUCUCUCAGGUCCUAGUCCGAUACUCUAACCCCUGCGCCGCACUGCUUCUCGAUAGGGUACCAGCGCGUGGUAGUCACCCCGAUUGUUUCUCUUGCGAAUCAGGGUUGGGUUGUUAUUUUUUUAACCUUUGUGACUUGCGCCCUGGAGAGACGCGUGACCAAAGAUGUGCGUGUGUUUUUGUCUUCCCCUCUUUCUCUCCCUCUCCCUCUCUCCGGCUCCGCGUCGCAGGUGUGGUUCCAGAACCGGAGGACGAAGUGGCGGAAGCGGCAUGCGGCCGAGAUGGCGUCGGCCAAGAAGAAGCACGACUCGGAGACGGAGAAGCUGAAGGAGAGCUCGGAGAACGAGGACGACGACGAGUACAACAAGCCUCUCGACCCCAACUCGGACGACGAGAAGAUCACGCGGCUCCUCAAGAAGCACAAGGCGGCCGCUGCAGCCGCCGCCGCCGCCGCGGUGUCGUCGGGCCCGCUGGCCCUGCUCAGCCCCUGCAGCAACGCCUCGGAGCCGUCGUGACUGCGGCCGUGCCUUGCCUCGCCCUCGCCCGCCCCGCCGCCCCCUCUCGCCUGCCCGACCCUCCCGUCCUCUCCGGCCAAGCAGGGUAGCCGCCGACGCCGCCAGCCCCAGCCAGCCUCGGGACUGGCCCCCGCGACGUCUUGUACAGCCCGCCACAUAUGGGGGGGAAUAACGUGUGUGUAUAUAUAUUUCGGACAGAAUUAAGUUAUGGGAACCAAGGAGCAGCGCGCCUUUGCUCUCCGACGGGGCGCACUCUCCAAACGCACAGCCGCGUCGCUCGCACAGGAAGGAAGGAAACCAAACACACACACACAAAAACCGCAAGAAAAGCUUUCCAACUUUUAUGGGUAACUCGACCCUGGUUUAUUUUCCAUUUCCAACCCACCCACCCCCUCUUUUACCCCCAUUCUGCAUUUGGAAACAAAACAGCCGCCAUGAUGCCCAACCGACCCCCUAUUCCGAUUAGCGUAAAAAUGGAAACUGCUGAGAGCAAAUGGACUUUGGGGAAGGGGCAGCCAAAUCAUCUGACCUUAAAAGCAGGCGCCCCUGGAAAAUGUAGCUCCAUCCAAAUAGAAAAAGACUUUGCUGCUCAGUUCAGCUGCGAUCCUCAGCCUGCUUACUAGGAGGUAAGUCCCAUUGAACUCAGUAGGGCUUACUUUUGAGUAAACGUUGUUAUGCGGAGCGAUUCUCUUCAACGGCAGUCCUAAACGCACUCAUACGAGGGAGGAAGCCCCAUUGAACUCAAUAGGACUUUACUCCUCAGGAUCGUGCUGUAAAGGUUGCAUGCAAUUUUAUGCAAACUGACUCUGGAGUAAGGGCCCCUGAAUAGGAUCUAGUUCUGAGCAACUUGUAUGGGAUUGCACUGUUAUUUUGGAGUUAAUGUGUUUAGGAUUGUGCUGCUAAAGUGCUUAGGAUUGGGUUAUCUCCUGAUGCAGCUUUCUUACUUGACAGUCAUCCCCCGGGGGCUUACUUCUGAGUAAAAAUGGCUAAGAUUGGGUGGAGCUGUGCAUGAAGAAGAGGCAUAUUUCCUUUAAAGUAGGUUCCACUGAGUUCAGUGGGAUUCAUUCUGUAGUAACCAUGCUUAGGGUGGCAGCCUUAGUUUUCAAUGGAGCUUAGUUCCCAGUCACAUCCCUAUCCUACGCACACUUGGAAAUACAGUUUCAUUUUAAAUCAGAGGAACUGACUGGGAAAUAAAUGAGCUUCUGAUGGGGUGGAAUUAUUUGUACUCAGGACGGCUGCCUUUUUGUUGUUGUUAAUACUUGCCACCCACAGCAACCCCCUUCUCCCCCUUCUGUGGUAGCUCUCCUGCUCCUAACAAUCAAGAUUUUGUUACUGUUUUGUAUAUGGGUCCCCGAUUCCAACUCAGCCGCUUUGUAUAUAGGAAAUUGCAGAUUUUUUUGUGAUGUAUAUUUCUAGUGUAAAAAAAAAAAAGCGGUUUUCUCGCCUCUUUUGUUUUGGGGUUUGGAUGCUUUCGUUUAUCUUCCCUUUCCUUUGAAUUUCUUCUUUUCUUUUCUAAAGAGAAUAAGGGAGAAAGAACUGCAUUACUUGAUUUUCGGUUGGCUCCAAACUCUUACAGUUGGAAAGACUUUGUAUAAAUCAAUAAAUUAUUUAACAAGCUUCUCCUCUGGAC